UCUUUCGGCCUCGGUUGUUGGACAUUGGAUUCGUGCUUUUAAUCCAAGUUGCUCAGAUAAAUUUCAAAGUACUGUAACAGGUACCGGGACAAAAGGCAGAGUGCGUAGCGUGUACACCCCUAUGUGCUUGCUAAGUUGGAUGUUGGUCAGCAAACCGUCGUAAUGGGACAAAGCGACUCGCUGCCCGUCAAAAUCAACGCUGAUGGAACCGACGAAUUGGAAGUGAGAGGAUACCGCGUCCAUCGAGGACGAUGCGCCUUGGCAUGUGCGGCUUUGAUUCUGACGUUGGGUUUGCUACUCGUUCUACUCGUUUGGCGCAAGGAUAUCAAGAUGUGGAUGUUUUAUAAGGAAUGCUCACUCGAACACGCUUCGAAAAUCCUAGUCAAGGAUACGUUUGGAGUCUUCUACGAAGAAGAUGCAGCAGAAGAAAGAUGUGGACCAAUCCUGGAGCCCAAAACUCGUUUCUUUGUCAACAAAAAAGUCAAAUACAUUUGGGACAAGAAGACACUUCAGUUCAACCGUUUGAAAUGCUACGAUGAAAAUGCAGAGUUUCAAUCGUUUCACGAGAAUCCAGGUGGAUUGGGACUACAAGAAGUUAAUGAGAGACAUCAAAAAUACGGAGCCAACUUUAUCCGGAUAACAGUAUUACCAGUUUACCGGCUUAUUCUAAAAGAGAUUUCCAACCCAUUCUACCUAUUCCAAUUCUAUACUAUCGUCGUCUGGAUGGCUCAAUCCUAUUACGAUUAUUCAGCUCUGGUUCUAGCUACCACGAUGAUAGCAGUCGGUUCCAGCGUUUACGAAACUAGAAAACACAUGUUAUCCUUGAAGAAAAAAGUUCAAGUUGCAGGAUCAGCGACUGUGGUUCGCGGUGGCGUAGAGAAAAGGAUUUUAACUCAGCAGCUCGUUCCGGGUGAUAUUCUCUGCAUCAACCCUCUAGAAGACAAAGUGCCUUUCCAUUGCGAUGCUGUUUUGGUGGAGGGAACUUGCUCUGUAGACGAGUCCAUGUUGACGGGCGAAAGCUACCCCAUCACUAAAAUGCCUGUACCCGAAGACCGUGAAACUUUCGAGUACGAAGUGCACAAGCGUCACAUUCUCUUCAACGGGACGCAGCUGCUACAAGGUCGCCCGCAAGGAAAUAACGUCUUCCUGAAAGCUGUCGUCAUCAGAACAGGAUUUAUGACGAGCAAAGGAGAACUCAUCCGGGCCAUUUUAUUCCCGAAACCAAUCCAUUUCCGCUUCUACGCCGAUUUGAUUCAAGUAGCAAUUUUAUUCCUGGUCUUUGGAUUGGGAGGAAUGAUCUUCUCCAUGUAUACCUGGAUCAGGAAUGGUGGGAACACCAAAGAGAUUAUUCUCCACUCACUCGACAUUGUGACGUUCGUCGUUCCGCCCAUGCUUCCGGCCGCUUUAACAGCAACUACAGCCUUUGCGCAACGUCGUCUCCGAGAAAAGAAGAUCUUCUGCCUCAGUGCCAAACACAUUAGCUUAAGUGGCGGAGUCGACGUCGCUUGCUUCGACAAAACUGGUACCUUGACGGAAACGGAUAUCGAUUUGGCUGGCGCCAUUCCCAUCCAAGAAGGAGAAUUCCGGAAACCGGUGCUCCAGUUGUCGUCACUAUCCGAGGCUCAUUCGUUGUUGCAAGCCGCAGCAACUUGCCAUACGCUGAUCAAAGUUAACGAUCAGUUAAAUGGAUACUCGAUCGAUCGGAAAAUGUUCGACGCAACCAAAUGGAAUUUCGCCGACGGACCGACCGGAGUCAACGCAGAUUACGGGGUGGAAACACCUUACUUGGUCAGCUCACCGUCGUGGAACGAGAAUCAAGAAAGUUCACCACAUCCAACGGUGGAGUACGGAUUGCUCAAACGAUUCCCCUUCGAGUCGACGAUCAAACGGAUGACGGUGAUUGCUCAGCGCAAGGGAAAUGAACGCUACAAUGUCUUCAUCAAAGGAGCCCCCGAAAUCAUUGCGGAACUUUGCGAUCCCGUUACAGUACCUUCGAAUUACUACGCGGUGCUGAAACACUACACCAUCCAGGGAUACAGAGUCAUAGCGUUGGCUGUAAAAACCCUGAGUCCUCACUUCACUUGGACUCACAUCCAGCAAAUGACUCGUGACGAGGUGGAAGCCAAUCCGGAAUUGAUUGGUCUAUUGAUCAUGCGGAAUCAGUUGAAAAAGGAAACGAUCCCGGCUAUUCGCAUCCUGCACGAAGCCCACAUCCGGACGGUGAUGGUGACGGGUGACAACCUACAGACGGCCGUUACAGUGGCCAAAGAUUGUGAUAUGAUCGAUCGAGUGCAAAGAAUCAUUCAAGUCGAAGCUGCAAUUAUACCUGCAUCAAUUCACGGCGCCCAGCAUCUUCAAGUCCUUUACAACGAUCCGCUGGCCAUGCCGGAAUUUAUCGCCGGAACGAUGCGAAAAAUGCAGGAUGUUCACAAUGGAAACUAUUGCUUCGCCAUGGACGGCCCUAGUUUCGAGUUACUUCGUAUUCACGAUCCGGUACUGCUUGACAAGUGCAUUCAUCGGGGUAAAGUCUUUGCUCGCAUGGCACCCGAGCACAAGCAACAUCUGAUUGAGGCCCUACAGAAAAUUGGGCGUCAGGUUGCCAUGGUGGGUGAUGGAUGCAACGACUGCGGUGCUCUAAGGACGGCCGACGCGGGUAUUUCUCUUUCCAUGGCAGAUGCUUCGGUGGCCGCUCCCUUCACGUCACAAGAAACCAACAUCAGCUGCGUUGCUCCACUGAUUUGCGAAGGACGGACAACACUCGACGCAGCAUUCGGAACCUUCCAGUUUGCUAUUGGCAUUUGUUUCAUCUUCUUUGUUGGCGUCUUGAUGCUUUACUCGAUAUCGACGACCCCGAGUGAUUUCCAGUACGUGAUUUGGGAUUUCGGGAUUGCCAUCGUUCCUUUCUUCACCAUUGGCAACACCACUCCACCCAAAUACCUUCAUCCGCGCAGACCACUCCGGCACUUGUGGGCAUUCUUGCCGCUCUUUUCUUUCUUCACGUUCGUCGGAUGGCAGACCGUCAUUAUGUUAAUUGGUUGGUUUUAUUGCCAUGCUCAACCCUGGUUUGAACCGUUCGUUUUUGAACCGGGCAAGCAUCCACCCAAUCCUUGUUAUGAAGAAACGACCAUUUUCUAUUUGAUGUGUAUCGGCUCGAUAGUGGCGGCGUUUGUUUUCUCUCCGAGUGAACCUUACAGCCGCAGCAGUUUCACCAACAAGAUCUUUAUUGCCUGGUUCCUUGAGGCGACUGUCGCAGUGCUUUGCGUCAUGUUUAUAACUAACGAGGGAUUCGUUUACUGGUGCAAUUUUAAAACCCCGCCACAUACUGAAUAUACAGUAGUUAUCCUGGUGUUGGGUCUCGCCGGCGGUCUAUUCUGCUUCUGCUGGGAGAAAUACCUGAUCCGUGGGUGGAUGUACCACUGGGUGUGGCCACGCAUCAACCGCAUUCGCCCGCCACGUCAUACUUAUCAAAAGAUUGAAAAAGAAUUAAAAUCCAAACCAGAUUGGCCUAAAUUAGGCGGUAAAGAUAUUUCUGAAGAUCUCGAAUGGGAACCAUCACAACCUCCCAGUCCUACUGUGAAAGUGGCAGUGGAAUUCCUCGGAGAAGAGGAUCAAAUCGCCUCGAUAAGUCCUGGACGUAAUAGCGUUCGAGAUCUAGUCGGUCGAAGCAAAGCCACAUUUCGAACGUUCCAGGGCAGCCGACGUGGCGGUUACACGGUGAAUGGUUCAAAAUUGGAGCCGGACUUUGUUCACGAAAGUAUCCCAUUGACAGUAUCAGUGAAUGUUCAAGCAUCAGCAGCACCGCCACCGCCACCGCGUUCUCCACUCCCUCCGACGACGGACGAAGAUGAGUCUGGGGAAGACUUCCCCCCACCACCGCAUUCAUUACCGGAUGAGUUUUUGAGUGCCCAGAGUUCACCAGUUCAAAUUUUGGCCAUCCGCCCGUUUGACGAUGAUGAGGAACAAGCCACCGCCGCCGCCCCUCCUCCAUUUGACAUCGACGUUCAACAAAGAAGUCCACUCAGCAGGGGAGGACAAGGGAUGUUCCAGCUGAUCGACGAGAAGCACGACGACGACGAGCCAGACUCUGACGUCCAAUUAUUGGCCUAUAGAGUUACUCGCAGGCCAUCCGACCUGUCUCCUUCGCAGCAGAGACGCCAUUUGAAUGGACACGGUCCUCACUCGAUCGAAUAACAAAGACAGUAGUAUUAGUACCAAUUUAAAACACCAUGCUGUUGAAAAAAAAUAAACAAUUUCUGCUUUUUA